GUCUCUCAACACAUCGCGCAUGCUGCUUCGAAGCAGAAUAGCAUCACGAAACAACUGGAUCUGCCCGCAAUGUCGCGCCUACGCAGCAGCAGCUUCGGGUACAGCUGCACCUCCAAGUCCUCUGCUUGGCAAGCUCAAGAAUGACCUCAAAACCGCCAUGCGCGAAAAAGACACGAAUCGAUUGAACGUGCUGCGAGGCGUCAUUGCCGAUGUCACAAACUCAGCCAAGACAUCGAACCCGAUCAAGACAGAUAUGCAGCUAUUAGCACUUCUACGGAAACGGGCUUCUGCUGCUAAGGCUGCGAGUGAAGAGUUCAAGGCUGCUGGGAGAGAGGAUUUGGUGGAGAAGGAGCAGUCGCAAGUCAAUGUUCUCGAUGAAUAUGCAGGGCAGGUCGAGACCAUGUCUGAGAACGAGAUCAAGGAUGCUGUCACAAAAGUGGUCGAUGAGGCCAAGGCAGCUGCCGAGAGUGUCAAAAUCAACAUGGGAGACAUUUUGAAGAAGAUCCUCGGACCCGGUGGCAGCUUGGAAGGCAAGCCUGUUGACAGGUCAGAGGUCGCACGGGUUGUCAAGCAGACGUUGGGACAAUGAUCCUCCGAUCAAAGAGAACGACUGCCGCAAAACAGCGCGUGGCAUGGCACAUCCUCGGCUGCCAGGUUGCGUCUCUACACCACGUAAUGGCCUUGGGUGCGUGUCAUAGCGUGCAGAUUGAUACACCGAACGCGAAGCGAUGCUGUUGAUGAAAGACUGCGCGAUUGACUGAGUUGGAACCGCACUUCUGACCAGUGUUGCUCUUGCUCCCUCGGAAUAUUCGACUUUUGCUGUUGCUUAGCGAGGCGUUUGGGGAUAGUGACAUGGAUGUCAAGGAUGUAACAAAAAGUUCAAAGCUGUAUCAUAGCUGUAUAGAUCCAAAUCUCAACUCGACAUGUGUAUAUCGUG